AUGGACGCUGCGAACAAGCUUCUUUCCGGCCUCUCCGGCGAGAAUGCGCGAUGGACCGAAGACUCCAAGAACUUUGCAUUGAGGCGCAAGAGGCUAAUUGGUGAUGUCGGCUGUGUUUGCGCCUUCGUUGUUUACUGCGGGCCUUUUAACUCUGAGUUCCGCGACAAGCUGUACAGCCAGUUCCAGGCGGACACGCAGAAACGGCAAGUCCCCGCACACGAGAAGGUGGAAGUCGUCUCAUUCCUCGUGGACCAGGGAACCAUCGGCGAGUGGGCGCUCGAAGGUUUGCCGAGUGAUGAGCUCUCCAUCCAGAAUGCAAUUAUGGUCACGCGCUCCUCGCGGUAUGCCCUCAUGGUCGACCCACAAGGACAGGCAAAUCGCUGGAUCAAGUCAAGGGAGAAGGCGCGCAUCAGCGAGAAUCCCACCAUGUGCAUUACGACGCUGGCGGCCAAGAACUUGAAGGACCAGAUCGAGUUCACCAUGGGUGAAGGGCUGUGCCUCAUCAUCGAGAACGUGGAGAACGAGGUGGAUCCGAUGUUGGACCCGGUCUUGGACAAGCAGAUCAUUAAGAAGGGCAAGAAUCUCUACAUCAAUGUCAGCGACCAGAACAUGGAUUACAAGGAGAGCUUCACGCUCUACUUCACCUCGCGACUGCCGAAUCCGCACUUCUCACCGGAGCUCUCUGCGAAAGCCACGGUCAUUGACUUCACCGUGACACUGAAAGGUCUGGAGCAGCAGCUGCUGGGCAAGUUGAUCGGCAUGGAGAUGAAGAGCUUGGAAGACACUUUGGCAGCUCUCGAGGAGGAUGUCACAAACAACACAAAGUCCCUGCAGCUGUUGGACAAGCAGCUCCUCGACCGACUCUCCAACUCUCAGGGCAACCUCUUGGAGGACACGGAGCUCAUCGAGGUGCUGGCCAACACCAAGGCGAAAGCAAAGGAGGUUGAGGGCAAGUUAAAGGAGGCCGACGAGAGGAAGAUUGAAAUCAACGAGAAGCGCGAGCAGUUCCGUCCUGUGGCGACACGAGGCAGUAUCAUGUACUUCAACAUGACGGACAUGACCAAUGUGGUGAACCCCAUCACCAGCCAAUGUUCCGGAUGGAUGUACAACUGCUCUCUGCUGCAAUUCUUGGAGCAGUUCGAGAUUUCGGUCCGAAACAGUGAGAAGUGCCAACCAACCUCGAAGCGAGUGGACAAGAUCAUCCACUUCCUCACGUAUCAGGUCUACAGGUACAUGAACCGUGGCCUCUACGAGCGCGACAAGAUGCUCUUUAAGCUCCUUGUUACCCUGAAGAUCAUGCUGGUGGCCAGUCAGAUCACAUCCGGCGAUGUGUCCAUGUUGCUGAAGGCUGGAUCUUCAUUGGAUAGCAAGGCAGAACGGCCGAAUCCAUUUGGUAAGUGGCUGCCAGACAAGGUGUGGCUCAACGUCAUCGCCCUUUCGCGUCAGCCCUUUGGCAUGGACCAGAUUGUCUUCUUCAGGGAGAUCCCAGACUUUAUGCAACGAAACGAGGCUGCGUGGAGAAAGUGGUACGACGAGAAUGAGCCGGAGGGCGUCCCGAUUCCGGACUACGACGAGCGUAUCAACAUGGACAGGACACUCGGACCAUUCCUGCGCCUCGUCGUGGUGCGCUGCAUGCGUGAGGAUCGAACCACCAUCUCCUGCAACCAGUUCAUCGAGGCGAUGUUGGACUCGCGCUUCACGGCUCCUGUCACGGAUGGAAUUGCCGACAUUUACGAGGAGUCAAUGGCGCGGAAGCCCGUGUUGUAUCUGCUCACUGCAGGCAGUGAUCCGACCUUCAGCAUCGAUGAGCUGGCGAAAAAGAAGAAGAAAUACCCGACUGACAAGGUGUCCAUGGGAGAAGGCCAGGAGAAGGUUGCUCGCGAGAAGAACAAUGCAGCCUUUGUCACCGGCGGCUGGGUGAUCCUGCAGAACUCGCACCUGGGCAUCGGCUACAUGUGCGAGCUCGAGGAUGUUCUGCUGAAGACCCCAGAGAUCGAUGAAGCAUUCAGGCUGUGGAUUACCUGUGAGAUCACGCUCCGCUUCCCGAUCGGCCUGCUGCAGAUUGCCAUUAAGGUGACCUUGGAGCCACCAGCCGGAUUGAAAGCCGGUCUCUACAGAACCUACAGCACGAUGGUGUCCCAAGAGCUGUUGGACAAGAUUGACCUGCCUCAGUGGCGAACCCUGGUGUUUGUGCAGGCAUUCUUACACAGUAUCGUGCAGGAGCGGCGAAAGUUCGGCCCGAUCGGCUGGUGUAUUCCGUACGAGUACAACAACUCUGACCUGGACGCCUGCCUUCUCUUCCUGGAGAAGCAUGUUUCGACCACGAUCAUGGCCGGCUCACCGAUCUCCUGGGUGACGGUGCAGUACAUGGUGGCCGAAGCACAGUACGGUGGACGUAUUACGGACGACUUGGAUCGUGAGCUGUUCAACACCUAUGCCGCCAAGUGGUUCUGUGACGACAUCUGGAAGACGUCCUUCGCAUUCAACAACUAUCAGUCGGAGUUCAACUACAAGAUUCCAGAGGGCCUGGACAUCCAGCAGUUCAAGGAUGCGAUUGACACGAUCCCCCCAGUCGACUCGCCGUUGAUCUUCGGCUUGCACACGAAUGCAGAUUUGACAUACCGCAUGAAGGAGGCAUCAGAGAUGAUCACGACCAUCAUUGAGACGCAGCCGAAGGACAGCGGUAUUGCCCUUGACUCAAGUGCCAGUACUUCUCCUAUGCCCGGGCAACAAGACAAGAGCGUGGCAGCUGCUAUCGACGGCACUGUGGUGAUGACUACUGAGCUCAUGGAAGAUCUCGGCUACCUCUUCGAUGCCCGAGUGCCAAGAGGAUGGUUCACUGGCCUUACGGAGCGUCAAGCGCGACUUGGCGAGGAGUUGCAAAGCACGGUAGCGAAAGGGAUGUUGAACAACUGGCUGGAGAACGGCCGGGCGGUCAUGAAGGCGUAUUGGCUCACCGGGUUCACCAAUGCGCAGGGCUUCUUGACGGGCAUGCGACAGGAGGCGAUUCUGCUGGUGACGCGGCAGCACAAGAAAGAUCAGUGGGCCCUGGAUGAUGUCAUCUCGCACACAGAGGUGAACAUCUGGGGUCUCUUCAUUGAGGGAGGGCGCUGGAGCCGACAGGACAACCGCCCUGCUGACAGCAGGAUCGAAGAGUCUGAGCCCAAGAAGCUCUUCACCUCCAUGCCUGCGAUCUUCGUCACGGCCACGACCGCAAAGGACCUGAAGGCGAUGGGAUUGAAUUACGGACCCAACGGCCCUUACAACACCGCCGUCUACAAGUAUCCGAAGCGCAGCGCUGUCCGCACUCUUGGCAACGACCGUUACCUCAUCUUCCGCAUGAUGCUCCGAACGGAGAUGCAUCCUUAUCACUGGCAGCGACGACAGCGGUGCCCUGGCUUGGUUGGCAGCCUGCCCGGCAAGCUUACACCGAGGGCAAAUUGUAGCAUGGGGAAGAUCUUAGAUUUCUGUGCUUGGGCUGAAGAGCGACAAGCCAGCAACACUGGUAAAAUCGAAAUGCUUAGGUGCCGCGACUGCCUCGGUGCUGCUGGAACAGCGCAAGAGGAGAGGUGGUACAGGCAAGCUUAUGGCCGCAUGCACCAUGCGAACAGAGACGGAACUGUGUACGACGAGUACACUAUCACCGAGUAUGUUCCAUCCCCUACAAGCUUCACAGCGGCUAUCGGGGAUAUGGCUCAGGUACCCUUUGCUGCCACGCUUCCUGCGAUUUUCGAUGUGAUAUCUAGUUCGGAGUGGGUGGACAAUCCGCGGGUAUCUUUGCUGCUCAAUGCGGCAGCACGGUUCCAUGAGUUGCAGAGGGGCUCACCUCUGCCAGAAGAUGAUGAAGAGGAUAAGAAGGAGGCCGCAGAGGAUGCCGUUGUGUCCCUUGCGGCACUCCGUCUCGCCGACAGAGUUGCUGAACAGAUGCUUGCCGGGGAGGACUCGCAAGCUUACUCGGACGACUUCGACGAGGGGGAGCCGCAGCCGGCUUCCCCUGCACCUGCUUCCUCCUCGGGAGGUGGAGUUGUGCGCCGUCGUGGCUUCGGUGAAGGACGUGCAGGCCGUCAAGCUCACGCAGUGCAUGAAGACGAGGACAAUUACAGCGACAACUUCGAGGACGACACCUCGAAGAACAACUUUCAAUUACAACCUUCGUGGGAAGAUCCCGAUCGCCAUGCGGCCGCAUCGCCCUUGGACUUUGCGACGCUGGCAGACAGUGGCACAAACGCAGAGGGCAAAGACGAAAAACGUGGCUAUCAGUUUGGUGAUCUCUUCAUCAACAAGUUGACUGGCAAAGACAAGUACGAGUUUGGUGACCUCUCCAGAUUCGUCGGCGGCAAGCUGCAGGAAGCUGUGGGCAACUUCACAGGCAAGGAGAGCUACGAGUUUGGUGACAUCACCCGGUCGCUGGAUGCGAAGGCAAAAGCCGAAGUCUGCAAAGUGACGGGCAAGGAUGUUUACGAGCUCGGCGAUUUGAGUAAGUACCUGGACACGCAAGCAAAGCAGCAGGUUUCCAAACUCACGGGCAAAGACUCCUACGAGUUUGGGGACAUUUCGCGCGAGAUCGCGAGGAGAGUCAAAGAGUCGGAUGUGGUGGAUGAAGAGGAUCUACGCCUUCUACUGACGACCGUCGUCGCGCUUGGAGUUGGCUUAACUCCAGUGGCGCAUCUUCUCCCUGUACAGCUGCUCCUCAACCUGUACACCACGAGCGUCGAGGUCGAGCUAGGCAAUCGUGCAGCAUCCAAGCUCACCGGAGCCGUAGCACAGGAGCUUGACCGCAGAGCCAAAGGAGUUUUGCUGGGCAAAGGCAACGAAGACUACGUGCUUGGUGACCUGACGAAAGCGCAGAUCCAGCGUAGCGUGGCCUCCUUGACCGGAAAGGACAAGUACGAGUUCGGUGACAUCAGUCGCGCACUCUUGCGACAGGUCCAGCAGAGACGAAAACCGAGCUGA